UGGCAGCCAACUCACAUUGGUUUUUUGGUUGGACUUUGUUGUUUUGAUUUUUUGGAUUCAGAUAAUUUGCAAUAUCCUUCUAUAUUUUAUAUCAGACAAGUUGGAGAUAAAGAAAUGGCUGCUGAAGAAGAACAAGAUAAAAAACCUGAUAUACCCACUAAAUCUUCGAUGGAAAUAUUAUCUGAACUUUUCAGCACUUUCCAGGCGAAACCCCCGAUAAUUAUCAAAAAGGAAAAAACGGAAAAAACUGAGGAUUCCAGCAAGAAACACAAAAAGAAAAAGAAACACAAGCAUAAAGAUAGGAAGCUGGAUAAGAAGCAAAAGAAGAAAGAUAAAAAAAGAAAAAGAUCAAGAUCAGACAGUAGUAGUGAUAGUUCAUCUUCAGAAGGGAGUGAAGAAAAAGUAGAUCUUGCACAGAUUUUGAUAAAGAAUGAGAAAGAAAAUGCAGAGAAAAAAAUCAAGUCAGUGAAGAAAGAAAAAGAUUCUAAGCAAGAGGAUAUCCCAAAAAAAGAUGUAAAGGUUGAGGUGAAGGUGAAAGAUGAAGUGCACAAAACUGAAGAACCUGGAAAGAAAAAUAAGAUAGUCAUCAAAGAUUUGAAACUGAGUAAAGUAUUCGAGGCAGAGGCUAAAAAAAUAUAUGAAAAACAUGCUGAUCAAGAAGAAGGAGAAGCUUCAGAUUCUGAUAGCCAAUCAAAACAUAAGUGCAAAAAGAAACACAAAUCACAUUCCAAAAAAAGGAGUAGAUCUAAGAGUAGGGAACGUCAUCAUUCUGAUAAAAAAGUCAAAACUGAAGAAACUAAAUCCAAAACAAGUGAUAGUAAAUAUAGAGAGAAGAGCAAAGAUAGAGAUAAAUCAAGAAAUCACAAUAGAGAUCACAGCAGGGAGAGAAAUAGAGACCACAGUAGGGAUAGAAGUAGAGAUGAUUUUUAUGGAAGGAGAAAGGAAAGAAGCAGAGAAAGGGAUAGUAGAAGAGAUAAAUACAGCAGUACUAGGGAAAGCACUAGGGAUCAUAGAUCAAGAGACCAACAUAGGGAUAGGGAUAGAGAUAGAGAUAGAGAUGAAUAUAAUCGUGAACUGGAAGAUUACAGAAGGAAUAGAAAUAAAUUGAAUAAAGAUGAUGAUUUCUACAAAUCAAAAGAUAAGGGUUCUAGUCAAAGGGAUGAAAAGUGGUUUAUGAGGGACAGAUAUCGAGGUUACGAUGAUCGAGAUAAGUAUGACAGAGAUAGCUCUUCCAAGAUUGACAAAAAGAAACUAUUGGAAAUCGCCAGGAAGAACGCCAUAACAAUGAUGAAGUCCGGAAGUUUACCCGCUGCGCUGACCUUGGGCCCGCAAGCCCAAGAGAAAGUCAUAGCGGCGAUUAAAUCGGGCGGCAAAACUAUAGAAGAGUUGACCGACUUUUGUAAAACUCUGUCGAAAAAAGAGGAGUUGGGAGAGUUGUCCAGUUUGUCGGAGAAGGAGGAUAGUGAUAGUGACACUGACAAGCCUUUUCACCACCCGUUUCAGAUAAAAGAUAGGCCGACGUCAAUAACCAUGAAUAUUAAGAACUCCGUCCCUCUUCCCAUAAAAUCCACGGUGGAAAGGACCUCCGAACUGCGCAUCCAGUUCCCCGUCAGCAGCGGCCAGCAGCAUCGCAAAGGCGAGCACUGGCGGCCGGUGUCGCCUCCCGCCGACAAGAAGGCCGACGAGCAGCCGGCGCCGGCCCCCGUUCCGGCGCCGGCCGCCGCAGUCCCGCUGGCCAUCGAGCCGGCGCCGGUGCCGGAGCUGAAGGUGGUGACGGUGCCGGCGCCGGCGAACGCUCCACCCGGACCGCAAGUCUUUCCCACGCCCAUCAACGAGCCAUCCGUCGAUAUUGGAUCUAUAGUCUCCCAAAGACUGACGGCGAUGAGGAGGCUUCAAGAGAACCCUAAUGACGUGCAGGCCCUUGGACAGAUGUACAAAUCAAACAAAGAGAUGCAGAGUUGGGCUAGCAGCAAACAGCAGCUAGGCCAGUUCACCGGCUCUACGGGGGCACAAAUAAUGUCCCAGGCUGAACUGUCUUCUGGGUAUCAGGCGUGGGCCAAAAAGGACCAAUUGCAAACGGCCGCCCCGGUCUCGGGCGGCAUGGGCAUGCACCUCCUCCAAAAGAUGGGCUGGAAGCCUGGCGAAGGGCUCGGCAAGGAGAAAACCGGCCAACUGGAGCCCCUCCUCCUCGAAGUGAAGCUGGACAAGCGCGGCCUGGUGGCCGACGAGGAGCAGCAGGGCAGAGGUGGGAAGGGCAAGCGACAGAAGGGCGUGGCGCCGACGCAGAAGACGCUGCAGGGCAAGCAUCCCGUCUCGCUGUUGGGCGAGUACGCGUCGAAGCGGAAGCUCGGCGCGCCCCAGUAUAUUAUGGAGUUCGAGUGUGGGCCGGACCACAAGAAGAACUUCCUGUUCAAGGUUGUUCUCAAUGGGUUAGAGUAUAAGCCCAACGUUGCCAGUAAUAACAAAAAAGAAGCCAAAGCUGUUGCUGCCACAGUGUGUCUGCAGCAAAUAGGACUAUUUCCAUCAUAGAAAUAACAUAUUUUCUAUAAUUAUUAUGGUUGUAGUGAAAAGUACUUUUGUUCAUAAUCUUUUUGAGUAAAGGUAUAAUUCAUAUCAUCGAUGAGACUCUUU